UACAGCAUCUUUUUUUUCUUCCAUCAUUCUUCUUUCUUGACUUGAUACGUACUAGUCAAGCCAUAAAACUCUAAUAUGUCAGCUGGCCCUCUUUCUCGAGCAACUUCGUUUGCAGAGUUGCUUCCUAAUAACUCUCAAAAUGGCCAAACAGCAGCAACUGCGCCUUUGUCUACUGUUGAAAAUAACAAUACUAUAAAUAAUAAUACAAAUACACUGUUUUCAAUGGCUUUAGUUCCAGAGAAUGACGUGUCAUGUAGUGCACCUGCUUUCUUUGUUCAUACACCAGAAAAUGAAAAAGGAAAUGCUAUCGCACCAAUGGAAGUUACAAAGCCUGAUACUACUUCAAUUGGCUAUGGUAACAGAAGACUUUCACGUAUUCUUUCAGAGACCACAGACAAAGUUCCUGAAAAAAAGUUAGAAAAAGUGCUCGAAAUACCUAAAAAGAGAAUUUCAUUAGGACCUGAAGAUGCAAACCGAGGUAUUUUUGGUAAUGGCAAUAUUAGUAAGAAAUCAAGAGGCUCCACAUCAACACAGACAAUUGUACCUGAAGUACAACAAAAAACAAAUACAUGCACAAUUCGAGUGUUUGGAUACCCUGCUAACUUGAUCGGCAACGUCAUUCAGCACUUUACACGAUAUGGCAAAAUUGAAAAAUAUGAACAAACACCUGGCAAUUGGAUCACCAUCACUUACGAUAGAAGUGAAUGUGCUGCUGCUGCACUUCAAAGUAAUGGCAUUGUUAUUUCAAAGAAUUAUUUGAUUGGUGUCACUCUUGAUGAAACAAUGCCAGAAGCACCUAUCAAAUACACAAAGGUUGUUUCAGCUGAUGAAUCUGACCGAAUUUUGAAAUCAACUGUCACUUUAGGCAAGAAUGGGUUAGGAAGUGGCAAGGCGGGUAUUAGUGUUCGUGACAAGAGUGCAAUUGAUGCUGGUUUUGCUGCCUAUAUAAAAGAACUUAUUUUCGGAUGGUGAUUAUGUUAUUUAUCGCAUGAAAAAAAGCUCUUUAAUUUGAAAAAAAAUAAACUCAUUGAUCCAAUCAUAAUGGAUUAUCAACAUGACUUAACUUGACAAUCUGCCUAC